AUGGCUGAUUCGCAGAAGCCCUCUGAGAAGGCGGCGAGGCCCAGGAUCCAGACAGCCAAGCUGAUGCGCUCUCACAAAAUCAUCCAGAUGUCCCCCUCCGAUGCGAGGCCCCAGGAUAUUCCCGAAGACGCUGAACCGCCGCGAGAGGUAUCAACGCCUUCGAGAAGCCAUACGCCCGGGCAUCUGGCGACGAAAAGCCAGGAUAGGAGGGGGAAGCCCUCAGAUUUGGCGCUGCGGCAGCGCUCCCAAUCGGUGUCCCAGAACGACCCGUUGCCCCCCUCGACGUCAAAAGCAAAUUCGAAAGCUCCCACUUCCAGACCCGAGGGUCUGGUCUCUCCGCUAUUCACCAAAAACCCUGUCCCGCUAUCCAUCCCGGACUCUCGACGGCCGGUCAAUGUGCGGUCGACAUCUGCGAUAGCUUCGAAGUUCAGAGAGGGAAGCUCUUCGCCUGUUCCUUCUCGGAAAACACCACCAGCACAGAGACCUCCACGAGCCUCCCAUAUACCAUUCCCACCUCUGCCGGAUCCGAAGACCGCCCCAGAUGUCGAACCUGCGCCAGCGAGUGGCAUGUACUGGUCGAAAGCACCAGUAUCAGGAGCAUCGCAUACAUCGCUACGAGCACACACGACAACACUGGUUGGGUCCAAUGUUUACAUCUUCGGAGGCUGCGAUUCGCGAUCCUGUUUCAACGAGCUGUACGUCUUGGAUGCAGACGCGUUCUACUUCUCCAAUCCCUACGUCUGUGGCGAGAUUCCUCUCCCGUUACGAGCCAUGACCUGUACGGCGGUCGGUAAGAAGCUUAUCGUCUUCGGCGGUGGUGACGGGCCAGCUUACUACAACGAUAUAUACGUGCUGGACACUGUAAAUUUCAGAUGGAGCAAGCCGAAGAUUGGAGGGGAGCGGCAACCUAGCAAGAGGAGGGCGCAUACAGCAUGUCUGUGGCGGAAUGGAAUCUACAUCUUUGGGGGCGGAGAUGGCGUAAGAGCGUUGAACGAUGUCUGGAGGCUGGAUGUUGCCGACACGAAUAAGAUGUCCUGGAGGCUCGUCUCCCCUCCAUCAUCUGCUUCGGUGGAGGACAAGACGAAGCCCAAGGCGAGAGGAUACCACACUGCGAAUAUGGUCGGCUCCAAGCUCAUUAUCUUCGGGGGCAGUGAUGGCGGGGAGUGCUUUCGCGAUGUAUGGGUGUUUGAUGUCGAAACACAGCAUUUCUCACCGGUCAACAUCCCCGUCUCGUAUCCGCGCCUCAGCCACACGUCUACGAUUGUCGGAUCCUACCUCUUUGUCAUCGGGGGCCACGACGGUGUAGAGUACAGCAAUGAGGUUCUGCUCCUGAACCUGGUGACGAUGGUCUGGGACAAGAGGAAGAUCUACGGGAUCCCGCCACGAGCGCGAGGCUACCACGGGACAGUCCUGCACGACAGCAGGCUGAUUGUUGUAGGCGGAUUUGAUGGAGGCGAGGUCUUUGGGGAUGUCCAGAUCUUGGAGUUGGCCGUUCACGCUUAUUACAGCCAGAUCAGCCAUUUCAGUAUUGAUGUAUGA